AGAUGAACACCUCUAUAUUUUUGCAGCCAUUUCCAGAAAACCUGUAGGAGAUAGUCCAUCACACAAGAUUGUCUUAAGAAAAUCUGUCAGAUUUUGGAUCCUGAUUGGAUCUAAGAUUUGUGCAUGAGGUGGAAAAAAAAAAGCACACAUGACUACGGGAGUCAAAUCCUAUUCCCUAGACCGAGGUCCCGUCACGCUACCACCGUAAGGCAUAUUUUUUAUUAGUUACACACCAUUUAUAUGCAAGUAAUAUUGUAACUUACAAUACAUUACACAAUAAUUAUACAUUUGCUGUAUUUGACAUAUUUUAAGGGGAUUUUCUGUCAAAUGUUAUAUAGACAGUUCCGUACGUUUACAUGUUUUUCAUUUCCCUCAAACAAGCAACAUAAAAAAAAAAAACUCCAGCGAAGUAAGCUCAAUACAAUUUGGACCAUAAUUCCAUGAUAAACAAAACUAGCCCAGGUUUGACACCUAAAUGGCAGCUGCAUAUGAGAUCAAUCACCAACCCAUGUACAUGUACACAUGUCCAACACUACAACCCCUUAUCCAGAUUGCAAAGUCAAACAUUUGGCGCCAAAUUGAAAAUCCCUUUCUACAGCAGUUAGGCCUCCCGCCUUUUUUUCUUGCUUCCUCCUCUCCAGCUUCUACCUCCCCUCUCCUUCUUCUUCCUCUAUAAAAACCAUGGCAUUGUAGCACACGUUGCUAUCAAAUGAUCACCUCACCCACCUCCACGCCACCGCCCUUUCGGCCUCAAUGGCCAACUUGCUCCUCAUCCCAAUCAUCAUCUGCUACCUCGUGCCGAUCGCUGUCGCCGUCGACGCACCACCACCAGUAAUGGCGGCCGCCGCUGUCGCCGACGACUGGUCUGCGCUGCUCGCUUUCUUGUCCAAUGUGUCGGCCGAUUCCGGUGGUGUCGCUCUCGCCGACUGGGGACGCUCGCCGGAGUUCUGCAACUGGACGGGCGUGGUGUGCGGCGGCGGCGAGCGGCGGCGGGUCACGCAGCUGGUGCUCGCCGGGCGUGGGCUCCGCGGCGUGGUGUCGCCGGCGCUGGGGCGGCUGGAGUUCGUCACGGUUCUUGAUCUCUCGAACAAUGGUUUCUCCGGCGAGAUACCGGCGGAGCUCGCGUCGCUGUCGAGGCUGACGCAGCUGAGCCUGACGGGCAACCGCCUCGAGGGCGCCAUCCCCGCCGGCAUCGGGCUGCUCCGGCGGCUCUACUUCCUCGACCUCAGCGGCAACCGCCUCUCCGGCGGCAUCCCGGCGACGCUGUUCUGCAACUGCACCGCGCUGCAGUACGUCGACCUCGCCAACAACUCCCUCGCCGGCGACAUCCCGUACUCCGGCGAGUGCCGCCUCCCCAGCCUCCGCUACCUCCUCCUCUGGUCGAACGACCUCUCCGGCCUGAUCCCGCCGGCGCUGUCGAACUCCUCCUUGCUCGAGUGGGUCGACUUCGAGUCGAACUACCUCGCCGGCGAGCUGCCGCCGCAGGUGUUCGACAGGUUGCCGCGGCUCCAGUAUCUCUACCUCUCGUACAACAACCUGUCCAGCCAUGGCGGCAACACCGACCUCGCCCCCUUCUUCCGCUCCUUGACGAAUUGCACGCGCUUGCAGGAGCUCGAGCUCGCCGGCAACGACCUCGGCGGCGAGCUCCCGGCGUUCGUCGGCGAGCUCUCGCGCGAGUUCCGGCAAAUCCACCUCGAGGACAACGCCAUCACGGGCGCGAUCCCGCCCAGCAUCGCCGGCCUCGUCAACCUCACCUACCUCAACCUCUCCAAUAACAUGCUCAAUGGCUCGAUCCCGCCGGAGAUGUCGCGGCUGCGGCGGCUCGAGCGGCUUUACCUCUCCAACAACCUCCUCGCCGGCGAGAUCCCGCGAUCCAUCGGCGAGAUGCCGCACCUCGGCCUCGUCGACCUCUCCGGCAACCGGCUCGCCGGCACCAUCCCGGACACGUUCUCCAACCUGACGCAGCUGAGGCGGCUAAUGCUGCACCACAACCACCUCUCCGGCGAUGUUCCAGCGAGCCUCGGCGACUGCCUGAACCUUGAGAUCUUGGACCUCUCCUACAAUGGCUUGCAGGGGCGGAUCCCUCCGCGCGUCGCCGCCAUGAGCGGCCUCAAGCUGUACCUGAACCUGUCGAACAACCACCUCGAGGGGCCUCUCCCCCUCGAGCUCGGCAAGAUGGACAUGGUCCUGGCGCUCGACCUGUCGGAGAACGCGCUCGCCGGCGCGGUCCCGGCGCAGCUCGGCGGUUGCGUCGCGCUCGAGUACCUCAACCUGUCGGGCAACGCGCUGCGCGGCGCGCUCCCGGCGCCCGUCGCGGCGCUCCCGUUCCUGCAGGUGCUCGACGUGUCGCGCAACCGGCUCUCCGGCGAGCUGCCUGUGUCCUCCCUGCAGGCGUCGACGUCGCUACGGGACGCGAACUUCUCCUGCAACAACUUCUCCGGCGCGGUGCCGCGCGGCGCCGGCGUGCUCGCGAACCUCUCGGCGGCGGCGUUCCGAGGCAACCCCGGCCUAUGCGGGUACGUCCCCGGCAUUGCCGCGUGCGGGGCGGCGACGGCGAGACGCACGCGCCACCGCCGCGCGGUGCUCCCCGCCGUCGUCGGCAUCGUCGCCGCCGUGUGCGCCAUGCUGUGCGCGGUGGUGUGCCGGUCGAUGGCGGCGGCGAGAGCGAAGCGGCAGUCGGUCCGGCUCGUCGACGUCGAGGACUACCAGGCGGCGGCGGAGAGGGAGCACCCGAGGAUAUCGUACCGGGAGCUCGCCGAGGCCACCGGCGGCUUCGUCCAGUCGAGCCUGAUCGGCGCCGGGCGGUUCGGGCGCGUCUACGAGGGGACGCUCCGCGGCGGCGCGCGCGUCGCCGUGAAGGUGCUCGACCCGAAGGGCGGCGGCGAGGUCUCCGGCAGCUUCAAGCGGGAGUGCGAGGUGCUCCGGCGAACCCGGCACAAGAACCUCGUCAGGGUGAUCACCACCUGCAGCACGGCCACCUUCCACGCGCUCGUCCUCCCGCUCAUGCCGCACGGCAGCCUCGAGGGCCACCUCUACCCGCCGGAGCGCGGCGCCGGCGGCGGCGCCGGCGGCGGCGACGGGCUGGACUUCGGGCGGCUGAUGAGCGUCGUGAGCGACGUCGCGGAGGGGCUCGCGUACCUGCACCACUACGCGCCGGUGAGGGUGGUGCACUGCGACCUCAAGCCCAGCAACGUCCUCCUCGACGACGACAUGCGCGCCGUGAUCUCCGACUUCGGCAUCGCCAAGCUCAUCUCCGGCGCCGCCGCCGCCGUCGGAGACGGCGGCGCCAGCAGCACGAGCGACGAGUCCGCACCGUGCAACUCCAUCACCGGACUCUUGCAAGGCUCGGUCGGAUACAUCGCGCCUGAAUAUGGAUUAGGAGGGCAUCCAUCUCGACAGGGUGACGUGUACAGCUUCGGCGUGAUGAUACUCGAGCUGAUCACCGGGAAGAGGCCGACCGACGUCAUCUUCCACGAGGGCCUCACGCUGCACGACUGGGUCAGGCGACACUACCCGCACGACGUCGCCGCCGUCGUCGCGCACGCGCCGUGGCGCCGGGAGGCGCCGUCGCCGAUGUCGACGGCGGCGUCGCCGGCGGCGGCCGACGUGGCCGCCGUCGAGCUCAUCGAGCUCGGGCUCGUGUGCACGCAGCACUCGCCGGCGCUGCGGCCGAGCAUGGUGGACGUCUGCCACGAGAUCACGUUGCUCAACGAGGCUAUCAGGAGGCACGCCGCCGCCGCCGCCGCCAUCGCCGCCGCCACCGACGAGGACGAGGACGACGACGACGGCAGGUCGUUGUCGACGACCAAGGACGACUCGCUGUUCUCCAAUUAAUUAACACCUAAUUAGCCACGAGAAACUUCUCGUCACAAUCCUCAUUUCGCCAUUGUUAAUAUUAUUGAGACCUUUGAGAAGGAUCGGAGAAAUCACUAGUGCUUCCUUCUCGUAGCGCAUUUGAGUUAGCUCUCAUGAUCUCUAAUCAUCUCUGCCUUGGUAGGGAAUGUGAUUAGUAUAUUGGUUUAUUGGAUGGUUAGGGGAUCGCCUACUAACUAGUGCUAAAUUCUUUCUGUUAUUAAUUCAUCAAUGGAAGCUGCACUCGAUUAAUCUGUUCA